UCCCCCCUGCUGCUCUACCCUGGCUUUCUUUGUAACACUGCGUCAUCACCACACUAAACGAACCGACUCGUCAGCCCUGCUCAACCUAUAUGCUGGUUACUGACUGAGCAGUCCGACACCCGGUAAAAAGAGCUUGUCGCCGCUGUCUACUGUUGCGGUGUGUCCUGUUGUAUCCUUGUUGCUGUGACAAUGGGAGGCAGAUUCCAGGUUCUUUCAGCUCUUCCUUUGUGGUUGAGCUUUGGCAGCGCUGCGGCCCUGGUUGAGCCUCAGAUCUGCUACAUCCUGGACGCCAUCUUGUUUCUGUACGGUAUCAUCCUUACCGUGCUAUACUGCAGGAUCAAGAUGGCUCCGGUGACUGGGACUGGGAAAGCAAAGCCAGUGAAUGCAGAGGAGAGCAUCUAUACGGGAUUGGCUCCUCAUACUGCAGACACCUACCAGACCAUCGGUCAGAAGAAAGGACUGCACUAGUCGAGGAUGAGUUGAAGACAGAGAAAGUUUGAGUCUUUCCAUUUGUUAAAUCACUUUUGUCUUUUCAGGCAUUUCCCAUGCAUCUUAUGUAUUUUAUUUAACAUAGCUUUUGAGCGAAAAUGUAACGUUUUUAAAAAACAUUUAUUUGCAAUUCAUAUGUGAAAGCCUCCUUUGUAUGUUGUGGUAUGUGUCUCGAAAGAGAGAGAAACGUGAGAAGAGCAAAAGAGGGAAGAAGUUGAGCAGUGGGUAAAAAUGUAUUUACGAUUGUUUUGACAGUAGCUAGGUUUGCAUCCAAUUUGCGACAGAUUUUCAUGUAAAUGUUAUAAAAUCUGCAUAAAAUAAUAUGCGCAUUUUCCCACCAGAUAUGUUUUACUGACUUUAUGAAGAUACAAUCCUGUGCGUGAUGACGUAGUGCACGUAAAAUAUAUUUUACAGUUAAAUUCCCAUGUACCGAAUGAAAAAUACAAUUUCUAUCGCAUUUUCGACUCUACUGAUAAUUAGUCACAAAAACUGUUGCAUUGAAUAGAAAAUGUACCCGAGUUGGUCUUGGCACAUGCGCUCUAGCCAACACCUAGGUGCGGGUAGGCUACCUAUUAUGAGAUCAUUAUGAAUAAGAGCGAUAUUAUUUGUAUUGGUCAAACCUAAUCAUCGUUCGUCAUCUCACCGGUAUAAGACCCUCGAUGUUAAUUGUAUAGGAGCAAGCAAGCAUUCACCAUCCUGUGAAGUUCAUUAUUUAUUUCAUCUGUAGCCAAAUAAACUGGAUGCUGUCCCGAGUCGGAGUGGGAGAACCACACAACAUAUAAUUUCGUGACUCACAAAUUUACUUCGAUAUGAUGGGUAUUAUAUCAAUAUUUGCGCAGAAAACGUUUCCACCGCCAUUUCUCGCAUAAUUAAUUUUACCGACACAAAAGUAUCCCACCAUGUCGAACGAACAAAUUGUCUGUCAGUAUAAGAUUGUACAGGUGUUCCUGUCAAAAAUCUCCCCCCUUCCAGAAUCCCCCCCACCUUCUAAUUUCCUCCAUUUUGUGGCUAGAGUCAAAUACUUUCUGUGGCACACAUCAGAGUCAAAUACUUUCUAUAGACCAAACUUCACGUCGGGAUAGGCAACUGAAAUUAAUAAUCAAUGUAUGUGUGUUGUAAUUAAACAAAGGAGGGAGUAAAAUGUUGMCAAAUCAGUAGCGGAUUUAGGAACGGGGGGGAUCCCGGCACAACACCGGCAUUUCAUGUUUCCAUAGCCCGGUCGUGACUUUUUUCAUGCGGCAGGUAAUUCAUCUGCAUGAAAUGGUUGGAUGGAAAA